CCCACAGUCCAUUGCAACAUCAGUGGCAGACUUUAGCUUAGCGGGCUUAGUUACUAAAUCUUACGCACGCUCUACGGAUAACUCCUUGCCUGCAUUGUCGAAAGAACAAUGUCCCCGAAAGUGCAUUAUUUAAUUUCGGUAUGAAACGGGGACAUAUAUAGCCAAUGGUAAUCUACGGCGCUAUUUAAAGAAAUCAUUGGUUAGUCAUGGCCGCACCGGGGGCUACACAAGGUGACGAGCAAGAAAAACAUGAAGAUGAAUUUCAGCAAAUGGUACGCCGUAUAGGUGGCAGGGAGAAGAUUUACGUGGUCGGAGAGGCUUGUAAAAGCGACGACGAUCAACGCAAUUCGUUGCAAACGUUCAUUGAUGAGAUGUUCAGCAGCGACUGUAAACACAGUCCUGACUCUGUAAGCAUGACUUUGAAUGACAACAUACGACCAAACACUGAACACCAGACUGAAAGUACCUUGAACGACGUGGCAGAUAUCAGAGACAUUGUACUUGCUACACAAGACAAGACUGCUCCAACUAUGGAUGAACAUGGACUUGGUCUUAAUGGUGACGUUCACAGGACGAUAAGGUCAAGCAGAAAUGCUACCGGAGCUGACAGAUUAAUUGACUCUGCCAUGAUAAUAUUUAUUUUCAAGUACGAAUAUAUCAGCAGCAAUUGUAACCAUGUCUGCAUCAAGGAAAUUAUGAAGGAUGUGAGAGCCCGCACGAAACACUCUCCAGUAUAUCCUGCUGUGAUUGGUUUGGUGCACUCCAUAGACGAGACUAGUGGGUCACUUAAAUCAGUUGAAGUUUUGGAACGUUUACUGCGCUCAGUGUUUCGAAAACAUUCCAGUGAAUCGAUAUGGGCUGGUCUUUUCAUUCCAAACACUGGGGAAAAAAUGUUGGCCAUCAAGAAACAUGCCAGCCACGCAGUUCACUCAUCUCUUUCAUCAGAUAAUGUGAGGAGAACAAAUAACAGUCUCUGGUCACUGAAAUGCUCAUCUUGGUGGGCUCAUCGAAGACGAUCCAGAGGUCAACAUAGCAGCACCUCUCGUAGUGCCAUGGAAACUGUUGAAGGUAUCCCACUAAAGUCGAGUCUUGCUGCAAGAGGACAUCAAGGAGAUUUUGCCAAUGGAAUUGGCUCAUCAGGGAUUUGAAACCAUCUGAUAUGUAGUAGCCUAUCUAAUCUCACUUGGAACAAUAAUUUCAGUGGCAAUUUUGGCACUUUAUGAUACAGAAUGGAUUGAACAUGAAUAAAUUGUAACAUCACAAAUUCAAUGGAUGGGUACUGGAAUCAUUGUGAAUGUAAAAAAAUUCAGAUUUGUGUUUCAGUUGACUGAUCACAAUUUGUUACUUCAUUCAUUUGUUUAAUGUGGUGCUGUUGAUGCCUUCAGACUAGUGAAAUAAUACAUGUAGCCUACAUCUUGUUAAGUGUGGUGGAGAAGCCUUAAUGUGAAAUAACUUUCAGUGUGAGAUUUUAAAGCUCCAUUUACUUUGCACUAAUUUUAGUUAAACUGUAUGUUGAUUACUGAUUGCUGUUUCUUUUUGAUAAUAUUCUGCUCUUAUUUUGGAUAGCACCAUUUCUUACUCUCACAAAAAUAAAAAAAAACUUAAUCCAUAUCA